GUCGUGUGGUGGUGGAAUCAAGAAUCCAUAAAUCUUUUGACCCGUACCCGACCCGGCUCUAUAUACACAUUUGGUUCUUCUUCCUCGACAUCAAUCAGGCGAAGAAGAAACGGAAAUGAUUCCGUUUCCACUGCUACCGACGCCGAUAGAAACAAGCUACAGGGCUUGCACCAUUCCUUACAGAUUCCCUUCCGAUAAUCCCGGGAAAGCCACUCCCACUGAAAUCUCCUGGAUCAACGUCUUCGCUAAUUCCAUCCCUUCUUUCAAGAAACGUGCAGAGAGUGAUACAACGGUUCCAGAUGCUCCUGCUAAAGCUGAAAGAUUUGCAGAAAGAUAUGCGGGAAUUCUUGAAGACUGGAAGAAAGAUCCAGAGAGCCAUGGCGGGCCACCAGAUGGCAUUAGUCUCGGCCGAGUUCGUGAGCAAAUAAUCAGAGAGUUAGGAUUUAGGGACAUAUUCAAGAAAGUGAAGGAGGAGGAGAAUGCAAAGGCAAUAUCACUAUUUCCUGAAGUUGUCAGUCUGAGUGAUGCUAUUGAAGAUGAAGGAGAGCGAUUAGAGAAUUUGGUGAGAGGGAUAUUCGCUGGAAACAUCUUUGAUCUAGGUUCUGCGCAGCUUGCUGAGGUUUUCUCAAGGGAUGGUGGUAUCUCUUUCUUAGAUACCAGUCAAAACUUGGUUUCACGACCAUGGGUCAUUGAUGACUUGGAAAACUUCAAAGCCAAAUGGAUCAAGAAGCGAUGGAAAAAGGCAGUAAUUUUUGUUGACAAUUCUGGUGCAGACAUAAUUUUGGGUAUUUUGCCGUUUGCAAGAGAGAUGCUUCGUCGAGGAAUGCAGGUGGUGCUGGCUGCUAACGAGCUGCCAUCUAUCAAUGAUGUAACAUACACCGAGCUUACAGAGAUCUUGUCACAGUUGAAGGAUGAAAAUGACCAAUUGAUAGGCGUCGAUACUUCAAAUCUUCUGAUUGCAAAUUCAGGGAAUGACUUAGCGGUUAUUGAUCUCUCAAGAGUAUCACAAGAGCUUGCUUACCUUUCAUCUGAUGCAGACUUAGUCAUCCUAGAAGGCAUGGGUCGUGGAAUCGAGACAAACCUCUAUGCUCAGUUCAAGUGUGAUUCUCUCAAUAUCGGAAUGGUGAAGCAUCUUGAAGUAGCAGAGUUUCUUGGAGGGCGGCUUUAUGACUGUGUCUUCAAAUACAGUGAAGUCCAGACUUGAAUUCCAGUAAUCUUUUCUCAGGUCUCAUCAUCAUACACCAUUUUAGGGUGUUGUAACUAAAGAUCCUCCUCACCCUCUGCAUUCAGACAUGAGACUUAGAGUUCUCUGUCAUUCUUUAUUACAGCACGCACAAGCCUCCGUUCUUUUUUCUAUAAUUCGUGUUAAUGUUAAAAUUAAGCAAUGGCUUGAUUGUUUUUCAUUGAAAAAGAAUUGCUGUCGUAGUAUGGUUAUAAAAAGAAAGUAAUGCUGGCAA